AUGCUCCAAUUGCACAAUUUAAUCAUACACAACCUUAUUCACAUGGCUAAAUUGAGUCAUGUCUUCAUUUUGCACUGCUGGUCAAUGGACUCACUUUCGCACCUGGCACUGCUGGCACAGUCUAAAAAUAUCUUCACUCAAUUCCAACCAUUACACUCGGAUAUUCAGCUGAACGAUGACUUUCUUAAUCACAAUAUUCUUAAGCUAGGCGUUUUUUUGGAUAUCAAUUGCGCCAAAAGUGGUACAGUCUUGGAUAUGGCCAGUGCUAAAAGAUCUUUUAGUCAUCGAUAUCAUUGGCUAAUCUAUGAUAGGUCGAUGAACUUUUCCGAAUUGGAAUCUCAUUUCAAAGAGGCUCAGAUCUUCGUUGAUGCCGAUGUUACCUAUGUUACUAAUGAUCCUAUCACCAGAAACUUCUUACUCUACGAUGUAUACAACAAGGGACGGCAAUUAGGGGGACAAUUAAAUAUAACAGCAGAUCGGGAAAUUUCCUGCAAUAAAACGAAUUGUCGAGUUGAACGAUAUCUAAGUAAUCUUUACACACGGAGUGCUUUGCAGCAUAGAAAGUCAUUUACUGGAUUAACCAUGAGAGCCACAGCUGUGGUGACCGCUUUACCGCUUAAUGUCUCCAAAAAGGAGAUCUUUGACUUUAUGAACUCCAAAUAUCGGAUUCAAUUAGAUACCUACGGUAGAUUGGGUUACCAGGCGCGUCAGCCACUAAGGGAUAUGUUGGACUGCAAGUUUAAGUACAUAUUUAGGGAUCGGUGGUCGGAUGGCAAUGCAACAGGCGGCAUGAUUGGAGAUCUUAUCCUGGAUAAAGCUGACCUGGCGAUAGCUCCUUUUAUUUAUUCCUUCGAUCGCGCUUUGUUUCUGCAACCAAUCACGAAAUUUAGUGUUUUCCGUGAAAUCUGCAUGUUCCGUAAUCCCCGAUCCGUUUCAGCGGGUCUCAGUGCCACGGAGUUCCUGCAGCCCUUCAGCGGAGGAGUUUGGCUGACAUUCGCACUUAUACUCCUCCUGGCAGGCUGCCUUCUUUGGGUCACCUUCAUCUUGGAGCGACGUAAGCAGUGGAAGCCAUCGCUGCUCACCAGCUGCCUUCUUUCCUUCGGAGCUGGUUGCAUUCAAGGGGCGUGGCUCACGCCAAGAUCAAUGGGUGGGAGGAUGGCUUUCUUUGCCCUAAUGGUGACCUCCUUUUUGAUGUACAACUACUACACAUCCAUUGUGGUGUCCAAGCUGCUGGGCCAGCCGAUUAAGUCCAACAUACGUACACUGCAACAACUGGCGGAUAGCAAUUUGGAUGUGGGCAUAGAGCCAGCUAUUUAUACACGCAUCUAUGUGGAAACCUCCGAGGAGCCGGAUGUGCGUGACCUCUACCGCAAAAAAGUUCUUGCCAGCAAGCGAUCCCCGGAUUCAAUAUGGAUUCCCACCGAGGCUGGGGUCCUCUCUGUAAGGGAUCAGGAAGGCUUCGUCUACAUAACUGGCGUGGCAACGGGCUACGAGUUCGUGAGGAAGCACUUCCUGGCCCACCAGAUCUGCGAGCUCAACGAGAUUCCUCUACGCGAUGCCUCUCACACCCACACAGUCCUGGCGAAGAGGUCACCCUAUGCGGAACUCCUCAAACUGAGUGAGCUGCGAAUGCUGGAGACGGGAGUUCACUUCAAGCACGAGCGGUCUUGGAUGGAGACAAAACUCCACUGCUACCAGCAUAAUCACACGGUGGCCGUGGGUCUGGAGUACGCUGCUCCGCUGUUCAUCAUCCUACUAGGAGCGAUAAUUCUCUGCGUGGGCAUAUUGGGGCUGGAGGUCAUCUGGCACCGCCACUGCACUCUUCAUUGA